AUGCUGUCUUCCUAUUAUGUUUGGUCAGCGCUUCCUCUUCGAAUUCCAUCUUUCUUCUUCUUCUUCUUCUUCUUCUUCUUCUUCAAAUCCCGAUCCCAAAACCCUAGUUUCCCCUGCCAAACACCUCCUCUUUUGCUGCUAAUUCCGCUCCAGAUCCAUCGAUGCGCUCAUCCUGAGGUUCAUGGGCAACGCAUGCCGUGGUUCUUUUGCCGCCAAGGAUCUCCAAGAUUACCAUCGUCCCACCGAGAACUCCUCCGUCUCUAAGCACAGUCACCACCGCCGCUCCUCGCCGGACCCCCACUUGGACGAGUCGCCGAAGCCCCAGGCUGUGAAGAACCCCGCCGCCACCGCCGCCGCCUCCCCUGCUCCCGCAGCCGCCGCCGUCGCCAUGAGGAAAGGCUUCGAUACCCAGUCCAACUACGUCCUCGGCCACCCCACUCCAGCCCUCCGCGAUCUCUAUACCCUUGGCCGUAAGCUUGGCCAGGGCCAGUUUGGCACCACCUAUCUCUGUACCGAGAUCGCCACCGGCGUGGACUACGCCUGCAAAUCCAUCUCCAAGCGCAAACUUAUCGCCAAGGAGGAUGUUGAGGAUGUUCGCCGGGAGAUCCAGAUCAUGCACCAUCUCUCCGGGCAUAAGAAUGUCGUCACAAUCAAGGGCGCAUAUGAGGACCAGCUUUGCGUGCAUAUUGUCAUGGAGCUCUGCGCUGGAGGGGAGCUCUUUGAUAGGAUCAUACAGAGGGGGCAUUAUAGUGAGCGGAAGGCCGCUGAGCUCACGAGGAUCAUUGUUGGUGUUGUGGAGGCUUGCCACUCGCUUGGGGUGAUGCAUAGGGAUCUCAAGCCGGAGAACUUCUUGCUUGCGGAUAAAGACAAUGAUUUGUCUCUCAAGGCCAUCGAUUUCGGCUUGUCAGUGUUCUUCAAGCCAGGUCAGGUUUUCACAGAUGUGGUGGGGAGCCCAUAUUAUGUUGCUCCUGAAGUAUUAUGCAAACACUAUGGACCAGAAGCUGAUGUCUGGACAGCUGGUGUAAUACUGUAUAUAUUGUUGAGUGGCGUGCCACCAUUCUGGGCAGAAACGCAACAAGGGAUAUUUGAUGCUGUUUUGAAGGGAGCUAUUGAUUUUGACUCAGAACCAUGGCCACUGAUAUCUAACAGUGCAAAGGAUCUUAUACGAAAAAUGCUUUGUUCUCGCCCUUCUGACCGGUUGACAGCCCAUGAAGUACUUUGUCAUCCCUGGAUAUGUGAAAAUGGAGUUGCUCCUGAUAGAGCACUGGAUCCAGCAGUACUUUCUCGCUUGAAACAGUUUUCAGCAAUGAACAAAUUAAAAAAGAUGGCUUUGCGAGUAAUUGCUGAGAGUCUUUCGGAGGAGGAAAUUGCUGGAUUAAAAGAAAUGUUUACAGCAAUGGACACUGACAGCAGUGGUGCAAUAACAUAUGAUGAGCUGAAGGAGGGCCUGAGAAAAUAUGGUUCUACUUUAAAAGAAUCAGAGAUUCGUGAUCUGAUGGAUGCGGCUGAUAUAGAUAAUAGUGGGACGAUAGACUAUGGGGAAUUUAUUGCUGCAACAGUGCACCUUAACAAGCUAGAACGAGAGGAGCAUUUGGUGGCAGCAUUUUCUUACUUCGACAAAGAUGCAAGUGGUUACAUCACAGUGGAUGAGCUUCAGUCUGCUUGCAAGGAGCACAACAUGACCGAUGUCUUUAUCGAUGAUAUUAUCAGAGAAGUUGACCAAGAUAAUGAUGGUCGUAUUGAUUAUGGUGAAUUUGUCGCCAUGAUGCAAAAGGGCAACAUGGGAAUCGGUAGGCGUACAAUGAGGAACAGUUUGAACAUAAGCAUGAGGGACGUGCCGGGGCCUCGCUUUCCUUGAAUCAUGUACAGAUCUGUAAAAGAUCUAUGUUGCUUGUUGUGUUAGGGUUAUGAAAUCAGCUUAUUUAUAGACUUCAACUGAAGCACUCCUGUACAAAGAUUUGUUGUAUGUUGUUCUGAUGGCUAUCUUCUCGUCUCCAUGGUCUAUUUGUGGAAUGUUUUUUCAGUUUUUCUUGGAAAACAAAGUAAUUGUAUCUGUUGAGCUGAAGGUGUUUAUUCUACUUCAUUGGAUGGUCAUGUGAACUUAUGGUUUUGCUUCA